GUGCAGGGCCAGGGGUUGGACUGGGUGAUCCCUGUGGGUUCCUUCCAGCUCACAAUAUUCUAUGGUUCUAGAAUUAAAUUAAUGGAGAAAAAUCUCCUUACCUGCCCCAUGACAGUGUGGCCAUGGUCUGUCUCUGUGGUAUUGUACUUCUUGAUUAUUAUCUGGGUUGUUCCAUUGGAAAAAAUACUGAUUCAUGAAUAAAAGAAAAAAUAUUGUGCUGACUUCCGUUGCUCCCUGUAUCAGAAGUCACUGUCAAGGAAAGCAGAGUGCUGAAUUUGUGCAGGUCUGGGGGAAAAAGCAGAGGAGAAAGACUUUCCCUGCAUAAAAUCCUUGGAGAACGUGGAAUCAUUUCAAGGGAAGGGAAGAAACUAACUAACUAUCUUGGGGGGCAUUUGAUGAACUUCUAGUUAGGAAGAAGCCAGCUGAGAUGUUGGGAAUAUGAUUUGGGCAGCUUGGUAGAUUUGGAAGAUGAACUGCUCACAGACAGCAGAUAAACUGCUCUGCUUUCCAGAGCUUCUGUGCCAUUCUCGGUGGCUCUGUCCAGUGCAGUGCCCAGGGGCUUUGCAGUCCUUCCCUGUGGCACUUUGGCAGUGAGGAAUGGCAGUCCUUGUGCCCGUGACCCCUCCCCAGGUUGGCUACACCGUGCGCUUCGAUGACUGCUCGUGUGCUGAGACCCGGAUCCGCUUCCUGACGGACGGGAUGCUGCUCAGGGAGGCCAUCGGGGACCCUCUGCUGCACAAGUACAGCGUGGUCAUUCUGGACGAGGCCCACGAGAGGACCAUCCACACUGAUGUGCUCUUUGGAGUGGUAAAAGCUGCACAAAGGAAGAGAAAGGAGCGGGGCCUGCGGCCACUGAAAGUGAUCGUCAUGUCAGCCACCAUGGAUGUUGACCAGUUCUCCCAGUAUUUCAGUGGAGCUCCUGUCCUCUAUCUGGAAGGCCGGCAGCAUCCCAUUGACAUCUUCUACACCAAGGAGAGGCAGAGUGACUACCUGCAGGCAGCACUGGUGUCCAUCUUCCAAAUCCACCAGGAAGCCCCUGCGUGCCAGGACAUCCUGGUGUUCCUGACUGGUCAGGAAGAAAUUGAAGCAAUGACCAAAACCUGUCGAGACGUUGCCCAGCAUCUCCCUGAGGGCUGCCCACGGAUGACAGUGCUGCCCCUUUAUGCUUCUCUACCCCACUCCCAGCAACUCCGUGCCUUUAAACCCAGUCCUGAGGGCUGUCGCAAAGUGAUCCUCUCCACCAACAUCGCAGAAACCUCCAUCACCAUCGCAGGCAUAAAAUUCGUUGUGGACACAGGCAUGGUCAAAGCCAAGAAGUACAGCCCUGAGACUGGCCUGGAGGUGCUGGCAGUGCAGCAGGUGUCCAAGGCCCAGGCCUGGCAGCGCACAGGGCGGGCAGGGAGGCAGGAGAGUGGGAUCUGCUACCGGCUCUACACAGAGGAGGACUUUGAGAAGUUUGAUGAAAUGACAACACCUGAGAUUCAGAGGUGUAACCUGGCCAGUGUGGUGCUUCAGCUCCUGGCCCUGAAAAUUCCCAAUGUGCUCACCUUUGACUUCAUGUCCAAACCAUCUCCUGAUGCUAUUCAAGCAGCAAUUGAUCAGCUGGACCUGCUGGGAGCUGUGACCCAAAAGGAAGGUCAGCUUGUCCUGACCCCCCUGGGAAAGAAAAUGGCAGCCUUUCCACUGGAUCCAAAGUUCUCCAAGGCCAUCCUCCUGUCCCCCAAGUUCCAUUGUGCAGAGGAGAUCCUGACCAUCGUGUCCCUGCUGUCAGUGGACAGUGUCCUCCACAACCCCCCCGCCCAGCGGGAUGAGGUGCAGGCUGUCAGGAGGAAGUUCAUCUCCAGUGAGGGGGAUCACCUGACCCUGCUCAACGUCUACAGGGCCUACAAGAACGUCAACGGGCACAAGGGAUGGUGCAGAGAGAACUUUAUCAAUGGCAAAAACAUGAAGCUGAUGGCAGAAGUCAGAGCUCAGCUCAGGGACAUUUGUGUAAAGCUGUCGCUGCCGCUGGAGUCGUGCCGCGGGGACACGGCGCGCGUGCGGCGCUGCCUGGCGCACAGCCUGUUCAUGCACGCGGCCGAGCUGCGGCCCGACGGCUCCUACAGCACCGUGGGCUCGCAGCAGAGCGUGGCCAUCCACCCCUCCUCCGUGCUGUUCCACUGCAAGCCCGCCUGCCUGGUGUACAACGGGCUGCUGCGCACCAACAGGUGCUACAUGCGCGACCUGUGCGUGGUGGACGCCGAGUGGCUGCACGAGGCUGCGCCCGAAUUCUUCCGCAGGAAACUCCGGACGGCCAAGAGCUGACCCCUGGAUGGGGACCAGCUGCAUCAGCUUCGCCUUGGAAGACUUAUUUUUAAAAAAAAAAAUUAAUGAAUAUAUGUUUAACCAUGUUUUUUAUAAUUUAAGCGUUGUUAAGGAAGGGA